AUGCCUAGCAUCCCGUUUAUCGGGCGAUUGCACCUCCAGGAGUAUCUGGCUCUGCUUGGUUCUUUUGUCUUGAUCGGUCUGGAAGUCAUAAUCAGAGGCAUCACCCUAGCCCUACCAGGUCCCAUUAUCCGCUUCUUCUACAAUCUUUCGCGUAAAAUAUUCAAUUCACUCUCGGGUGCCCAAGGCCGUAGGUCGCGGAACCGGAAGAAGGCCAUUUCAUCACCCAUCGCACAAGCUUCCGACUUUGUUGAGCUAUGUGAGCUCUUCGGAUAUUAUGCCGAGGAGCAUAUUGUCCAGACCAAGGAUGGGUACCUACUGGGUCUGCACCGUCUCGGCUGGAAGCGUGGUGAAGAGGAUCAGAGGGUCAACAGUGGAGAGGGCAGCAUUCAGAAGAAGGUCGUCUACCUUCACCAUGGUCUUAUGAUGAACAGCGAGGUCUGGGUUUGUCUGACUGAGAAGGAGCGUUGCCUACCUUUUGUCCUCGUUGACCAAGGAUAUGAUGUCUGGCUUGGCAACAACCGUGGUAACAAGUAUUCCAAGAAGAACGUCCAUCACUCUCCCACAAGUGCUGCUUUCUGGAAUUACUCCAUCGACCAGUUUGCCUUCCACGACAUUCCGGACACUAUUGAUUACAUCCUUGCCACGACUAGUCAAAAGUCACUUUCUUAUGUUGGCUUCUCUCAAGGAACCGCCCAAGCUUUUGCUACCCUCUCCAUCCAUCCUAAUCUGAAUGAAAAGGUCAACGUCUUUGUAGCUCUUGCACCUGCAAUGGCUCCUCCAGGCUUAGCUAUGGGUAUUGUCAGCUCCUUCAUCAAGGCAUCUCCAGAAGUUUUGUUCCUACUUUUCGGUCGCAAAGCAAUUUUGAGCAGUACCACCAUGUGGCAGGCAUUGCUCUAUCCCGGCAUUUUCUCUUGGGUCAUCGACAAGGCUCUGCUCUACCUGUUCGGCUGGCACGCAAAGAACAUCACCACACACCAGAAGCUGGCAGCUUAUCCGCACUUGUUCUCCUUCAGUAGCACCAAGUCGGUCGUCCACUGGCUCCAGAUUAUCAGGAACGAAACUUUCCAAAUGUUCGAUGACGAGGUGCAGGCCCCUUUGUCGAUUGCAUCUGGCGCAAAAUACUACAAGGUCGCCAAGUACCCUACUCGCAACAUCAAGACUCCGAUCGUCUUGGUAUAUGGUGGAAGUGACAGCUUGGUCGACAUCAAAAUCAUGCUUAAGGAGCUUCCCCGACAUACCGUGGCCAAAGAGAUCCCGCAUUACGAGCAUCUUGACUUCUUGUGGGCUGAGGAUGUGCACAAGCUGGUUAUACCGCAUGUCCUUGAAGCUUUGGAGUCAUACUCUACUGACGCAGGACGCAAG